AUGCAUAUUCCCGACAGAGCAAUCCCCAUCGACUCGACGGUCGUGUUGGUUGGAGCCAAUGGAUACGUCGCCGUGGAAACCUGCGAGAAGCUCCUUCAAGCUGGCUACCGGGUCCGCGGUACCGUGCGCAAUGUUGACCACCAUCGAAUCUGGAUGCAUGCGCUCUUCGAUGCGAAGUGGCCGGACAAGUUCGAACUCGUUCAAGUGGCUGAUUUUGAAGAAGAGGGUGCCUUUGAGGAGGCCUUCAAGGGGGCUUCGGGUGUCAUCUACCCGUCCAUGCCCGUCAUCUUUGAUGCGAAUCCCACCAAUGUACUGGAUCCUCUGAUCCGCGGGGUAGUCAACGCUCUCCAAGCCGCCGCUCGCGCUGGGCCCUACGAUAUCCGCAUCGACACCUUCAACCAUCAAGCUAUUCAUCAAGUCCGCAACGGGCCGGUGGUCGCCUCCUUUGAGCGAAAGCUCGCCGUUUACAGUGCAGGCCGGACCCUGGCCGAACAGGCAUUUUGGGGAUGGGUCAAAAGCAACGAUCCGCCCUUCGUGGCCAAUUGCAUUGUCCCGGAUGGCCAGUUCGGCCGCGUGCUGGACGUGAACAACCUCAACACCGGGCCUACAUCCUCGACUGGGCAGUUGAUCCGUGCCCUCCGCGGAGAAUGGGAGGGAGUUGGUCUUGACCUUGCUUUCAUCAGCGACGUCCAGGACACGGCGCGUCUACUGGUCGCGGCCGUUGCGUCCCGGUCGAUCGACAACGAGCGCAUUUUCUCCUACUACGUCAAUCGCACGUGGAACGAUCUCCGACACAAAGUCCGCGAAUUGUUUCCCGAUCGUCCGGAGCUGGUAACGGGAGAGGAUCAAUGUCGGCUGGGGCGAGAUGUGUCUGCUGCGCCUGGGCCCAUUGCGCGCGCCGAGGAGAUUUUGCGGACAAUUGGACAGGCGGGGUUCACCAGCGAGGAUCAGAUCAUCCGAGAUUUUGUAAACUCGGUUUUUCUGAGGCGUAAUACACAAAGGAUGCUAGACAGCAACUUGCAAUGA